AUGCAUAAGGCUGGGGCAUCUCCGGACCCUGCGAGGCAUGAUGGCACGGAAUUAGCUUCUGCGGGUCCUGAACGGAGGAGAAGUCGCCGGGACACAAAACGAAAAUCUUCCAGAGACUCGAAAAAGCUACAGCGGGAUCCAGAACGGCGCCGUACGUACAGCUUCUCGCCCGGUCGAAAAGAUAGCAUCGCAGUUCCCCGCGACGUUGAGAGGCCGCCCGUUCCUCCCAUACCAGCACAGCUGAAAGGCAAAGGAGCUCGGUCAAAUACCGAGAAGCCAGAACCUGCUACAGCUGGCACGAAACCUCAACGAGCAAGCACACAACCGCCCGAGGGCACACAGGAGUGGCAAAGGAUGCCCACGUUACACAAGAGAAGCGCCCAGGAAUUGGCAUAUCGAAAAUCGAGCAAGAAACGAAAAGAGCAACAUGAUAGAGAGGCAGAGAUCAAAGCUAUGACGGCAUUCGUACCUGUACGGCCUGCUGCUGAACUAAACUCUUCUGGCAGACCGAUGAGGAGGGAAAGCAGGAAGAUGCGUGAUGGAUUGAAUCGAAAUAUGGAAAACCCGUCAUCAGAUAUUUCGCUCCCUCUUGCCGAAUCGAUACAUUCUUCCCUCUCUUCCGGGUCUGAACGACGGACAUCGUAUAAAUUGAACGCUCUCGGCGUGUUAGCCCCGCGACCCACUAUACGAUACUCCGAAAAUCCCAGGUAUACUCCAGGAGUGAGUGGAUUUCGCUCUGAUAGAUCUGAAUCUCGGAAAAUGAGGAUAACGGAUCGCAUAGCUAUUCCUGAGGAGACUCUGAAGGCUAACAAGAGAAUCGACGACCUCGCUGAUGAUCUGGAUGCGAGGGAAUUGCGAGAGCUUAUGGAGCGGGACCAGAAAAGGAGAGAGAAGAAGAAAAUAGCAGAGGGGAUAAGGAUGGAAAAGAGACUUGCCAGACGCCAAGAGAAGCAAAACGCUGAUGAAGCUGUUGCUGCUCGCGAUGGUACACCGCCACCAGCGAAUAUGGAGCGGGGAGUUCUGGGUAGAGAGAUACUUGGCCUGGGAAUUGGGACCUCUGCAGUGGUGACAUCGAGUAAGAGGAAAGGCUCAACCGGAUCAGAAACUGGAAGAGGCAAAGGAAAACGGCCGGCGGAUGCAUACCGACAGGAUUCAACUGCCAGUGCCCAGAAUCUAUUCGGCGAUUCCUACCGAAGUCCUAGUGUAGCCACCGAAAAUGUGACCCCUAGAUCUGAGCAUUCGGAUCCUAUCAUCGCGACAGCUAAAGUUGGCACAGUAGCCAAAGCCAAUAUCUCGCCGCCUCCAUCACCUCAAGGCCAUGCUCGAGGACCAUCGAGUAUAUCUCAAUUGAUGGAGCUUAGUAACGCUGAGUCUUCUUCAACAAAGCCAGAACCUGUUUCCAAGCCUGCAGAGACCCCGACCAAAGCCCAUUCCUCCUGGGCGUCGUUCUUCAGGCUCCGAGCGAGGAACAAGCGAGGUUCUCCACCGCAAUCAUUCUCCAAUACAUCACGAGACUCGAUGCAAAAUGGACCAGCACCACAAGUUGGAUAUACCCCAAUGAAGUCCAACAUACCAAAGCGGACGAUGUCAAAAUUCAGGGAAGAUCUUCCUGAACUUCCAAUGUCGCCACCGGACUCGAGAAUGCAAUCUCCAGAAGCCGACCUGGUACCACCAAUACGGACGGACUACCCCGACAAGAAGACUGGCAACCGAGCCUCAUCAGAUGAUCCACGGGUCCGUUACGAUACCCCAACAAGUGGCUACAGGUCGAUUGACGCAGUAAAUUUGCGGGACGAAACUCCAACUAGUGGACAUCGCACAAUGGAUGCUCCUUCACCUGAGGUUACUGGCUUAUCACAAUCGCUGGCUUCUAUCGAUUCCGAGGGCUCAUGGCUUUCUGGACGGAAACCUGGUUCUAAGAGAGGUUCCACUCCACAUCCCCAUCAUCCACUCCGUGACAGUGCAAGCUCUUUGCAUCGACGUUACAAAGAAUUUGGUGAAUCAGCUGAGGAACUGGGCAUUGCUGAAGACGAGUAUUUUAGCCGUCUGACCCCUGGGCCCGAGGAACAGUACAAGAUCAACAGGCAAUCUACCGGUAAUCCCAUGCCUUCUAGUGAUGAAGAGGACGGCGGCAGUAUGGGCAGUCCUGUUUCAUCAGAGAACACUAAAUGGGGUGCUGUUGCCAGACAAGCAACUGUGGUGCAUCGUGAGUCUCGCGCAAAAUCUCGAGAAGGACUUCUCAACGAACUUGAUGAUGAUUCGAUGACCGAGGCUCAGGGCGACACUCCUACUGAACUCACUUCUAAGGGCUUUGGAGAUGACGACGCGCCGGGUCUGCAGAGGGCUACUAGUGUUGAUUUUGGGAAAAAACACGCAAGACACAUUAGUGCCGGGAGUGCGAGAUUGCUAGACUUGAAACCGAGAGCUUCAGGUGAAGCGAAGAGGUUGAGCUCUGGUUCUCUGGCCAAGAAUGAUUGA